AUGACUAGAGCCCCGAAAAUCCACAGAACACACGUCACAAUUUCACAAUCCCGAUGCAGGGGUGAUCGACAGGCCUGCACACGAGAAGACAUAGGUGACCUGAUCCCAGUAACCCCGACACAGAUACAAGACCACCUCAAGGCAACCAUCUACGCCACGCAGGACUGUACACCACACGAUAGACGAAACACGCAAAGCGAAGAGAAGACAGUACCCUCCACAACUAAGUUGACGCGGUCUCGACCCAACAACACUGACAAAUACACCAACACAGGAAGGACCAAGGUGCCCAUACCUUACUGUUCACAUCACUUUAACACCGGAAUACGACUGCAGACCCGAAUAGGGGAUCGCACAGCGGCUGCAAACAGACAGACCUGA